AUGGUCUCGGGAGUAGCACGCCGCGUGCUGCUCCCACGCCUCGCCGAGCCCUCGCAAGUGUCUCUGGCUGCAUCGCGAACUCAAUUAGGGCCUUCUCUAUACAAGUCUGAAGUUUUCACUCUUCAGACAAGGCCCUUCCAUGCUUCCAGCACCCGUCAAACCGCUCUCCCACCGUUCUCAAUCGCUACCUUCCGGACACCAGCAAACAAUACUCCCUCUCAUGCCCGACUCCCCCUGGCGCGAACUCGACCCUUCCAACCUGGUUCAGUUUCUUACGCCUUGCGACAGUUCUCAACAGCCCCUCGUUUACUCCAGGAAAUCCAGACCAAGGUCGAAGAAGGCGCCAAGAAGCCCGCCGAGCUUGAAGCUAAUCGGAAAAUUGCCGAGGAUGAACAUAAGCAAGAGUUUACCAAGAGCGAGAAAGCCACCCGGGCUGCCCAAGUUAACUUAGCUGCUAAACUCUCGAAAGAGGGAAAACAGGCAGGAAAAGCUGGUUCGGACGAAAUCGUACGACUGAUCAAGAUUGCCCGUCCGGAAAUCCGCUGGCUCGGUAUUGCUUUUGUCUUCCUGGUUAUUUCCUCUAGUGUCACCAUGUUGAUCCCUUUCUCUGUUGGUCGAAUCUUGGAUCUUGCUACCAAAGGUGAAGCCGAUGACGUCCGUUUGUUUGGCUUAACCAUGAACCAAUUCUUCGUUGGAUUGGGUACCGUCUUGACAAUUGGAGCUAUGGCCAACUUUGGUCGAGUCAUCCUUCUCCGAAUCAUUGGCGAACGUGUCGUUGCAAGACUCCGAUCCCAGCUCUAUCGACGUACAUAUGUUCAGGAUGCCGAGUUCUUUGAUGCGAACCGUGUAGGUGAUCUUAUCUCACGCCUCAGCUCCGAUACGGUUAUUGUUGGCAAGUCUGUGACGCAAAAUCUUAGCGACGGUCUCCGCGCCCUCUUCAGUGGUGGUGCUGGUUUUGCUAUCAUGGUCUGGACAAGCCCCAAGUUGACAGGUCUGUUGCUACUCAUGUUUCCACCUAUUGCAGUUGGAGCCUUCAUCUAUGGUCGAGCCAUUCGAAACGUCAGCAGAUCAAUCCAGAGGAAUUUGGGUACUCUGACCAAGAUUGCUGAAGAGCGACUGGGCAACGUCAAGACCAGCCAAGCAUUCGUCGGUGAAGUACAGGAAAUCGGCCGCUACAACAACCAGAUUCGAAAGAUCUUUGCCCUCGGUAAAAAGGAAUCACUCAUCGCUGCCACAUUCUUUGCUUCAACCGGCUGGGCUGGUAAUAUGACGAUUCUUGCUAUGCUGGUUGUUGGAGGUGGCUUCGUACGCAGCGGCGCCAUGUCCCUUGGAGACCUGACUUCGUUUAUGAUGUACACUGCAUUUGCUGGUUCAAGUUUGUUCGGUCUCUCGGGCUUCUACUCAGAACUCAUGAAGGGUGUCGGUGCCGCAAGUCGACUUUUCGAGUUGCAAGAUCGCAAACCUGGAAUUCCGCAAACAGUCGGUGUUCAGGUCAAAUCAGCACAGGGUCCUAUCAGAUUUACCGAUGUCACAUUCGCCUAUCCUACUCGGCCAGCCGUCAAGAUUUUCAACGGGUUGGAUUUCGAGAUCUCUCCUGGUAGCAACGUGUGUGUUGUUGGUCCAUCAGGAGGUGGAAAAUCCACAGUGGCUUCUCUGCUGCUUAGAUUCUACAAUCCUACAUCGGGCUCUAUCACUAUCAACGGUCAAGACAUCUCGGGUAUGAAUGUCAAGUCUCUGCGAAGGCGCAUUGGCAUGGUUUCUCAGGAACCUGUUCUUUUCUCUGGAACCAUCGCUGAGAACAUUGCCUAUGGAAAGCCCCAGGCGAGUCGUUACGACAUUAUUUCCGCUGCGCGACGAGCAAACUGCAACUUCAUCAGCGACCUGCCCGACGGUUUAGAAACUCAGGUAGGUGCUCGUGGUUCUCAGCUCUCAGGAGGUCAGAAGCAGCGAAUUGCCAUCGCACGAGCUCUACUCAAGGACCCCGAUAUUCUGAUUCUUGAUGAAGCCACAUCCGCACUAGACGCCGAGUCAGAGACUCUCGUUAACGAAGCCCUGGCUGGUCUUUUGCGUGGCCGCAACACCACCAUCUCCAUUGCUCAUCGUCUCUCAACUAUCAAGCGAUCCGACCAAAUUAUUGUUCUCAACAACGAGGGUAAGGUCGCUGAAAUUGGUAGCUACAGGCAGCUUGCAGCCGACAAGGGGAGCGCAUUCAGUAAGCUCAUGGAGUGGCAGAUGAGCGGUGGUGAGGUUUCCAAGGAAAGCGGGGCGACCGCUUCACGGGCACACAUCACUGAGGCCGAGGAACUCGAGGAUGACCUGGAGAAAGACGACGAGGAGAGUUUUGAACACAACGAAAAGAGCAGGAACUCCAAGGACGAGGAGAAGAAACCUUGA